CUGCGCGUCAGGAAGCGAUGAGCCGACUGUUGACAGCUCUCCGGUGAAGUAAGGCGGAGUGAAGCCUGGUGAUCUGUUGACUGGAUGGCGAGGCGCUGAUCCCACGGAGGGUUUGCUCCAGUUCCGCGUCGUCUCCCCCUGUGUCGUUAGUUCGGUACAGCUGCUCCUGCCUGCAAAGUGGAUUGGGGUUUGUCCUGGCGCGGCGGGUGAGAUGGACGGUGCCGGAGAGGAGGUGAGAGUGGAGGCCGCCCCGUACUCCUGCUCCACCUGCGAUGGAGGGGAGGUGGCCCGCCGCAGCCUGGCCCGCCGCAACAGGAAGGCCCGCAGCCUGAGCACGUCCUCGGCCAGCUGCGCCGAGUACAGGAGGACUCAGUCGCUUCAUGGACCAAGCCCUGUCACUACAUUUGGCCCAAAGGCUUGCAUGCUCCAGAAUCCACACGCAGUGAUGCACAUUCAGGACCCCGCCAGCCAGAGACUUACGUGGAACAAGCCUCCAAAAAGUGUCCUUGUCAUCAAGAAGAUCCGAGAUGCCAGUCUGCUUCAGCCUUUCAAAGAGCUCUGCAUGUUUCUCACAGAGGUAAAAAACAUGAUUGUCUAUGUGGAAAAGAAAGUUCUGGAAGACCCAGCCAUUUCAGGAGAUGAAAACUUCGGGGCCAUCACCAAGAAAUUCUGCACUUUCAGAGAAGAUCUUGAUGACAUCUCAAAUUGCGUAGACUUCAUCAUCUGUCUUGGUGGAGAUGGAACGUUGCUGUAUGCGUCUUCGCUCUUCCAGGAGAGCGUCCCACCGGUCAUGGCCUUCCACCUGGGCUCCCUCGGCUUCCUGACACCGUUUAAAUUUGACAGCUACCAAUCUCAGGUCAACCAGAUUAUUGAAGGUAAUGCUGCCAUUGUCCUGCGAAGUCGCUUGAAAGUCCGCGUGCUUAAAGAGAACUGGGAGAAGAAAGCCAGAGUUGACGAAAAGGGUAUCCUGACCAAUGGGGACUCUGAAAGUAGCCGCAAAUCCAUGUACUAUCAGGUACUAAAUGAGGUGGUCUUGGACAGAGGACCCUCCUCCUAUCUGUCCAAUGUUGACCUCUUCCUGGACGGACACCUCAUUACCACGGUGCAGGCAGAUGGUGUGAUAGUAUCUACACCGACGGGAAGUACAGCGUACGCUGUGGCAGCGGGAGCUUCCAUGAUCCAUCCCAAUGUCCCAGCCAUCAUGAUCACCCCCAUCUGCCCACACUCGCUCUCCUUCAGACCAAUCGUGGUGCCUGCCGGAGUGGAGCUCAAGAUAAUGCUGUCACGUGAUGCCAGAAACACAGCCUGGGUGUCAUUUGAUGGAAGGAAGAGACAAGAGAUCUGCCACGGAGACAGCAUUACCAUCACUACUUCCUGCUUCCCCGUUCCUUCCAUCUGUUUCCGGGACCCAGUCAACGACUGGUUCGAGAGCCUGGCCCAGUGUCUGCACUGGAACGUGAGGAAGAAGCAGAACUACCUCAGCUCGGAGGACGAGGAGUUCUGAGGCCUAUUCCAUGAUCUUCAAGGUCUUUUCCAAGACAUCGGAUAAAGAGAAAUUCUCACCGCGACGGCGCCGACGGCGGCGGUCAGGCAGGCCCAGACCACUCCGACGCCCAGGAUGAUGCUGUUGCGAGCGGACAUGGCCGAGUCCAACGUCGUGAUCAGGAUACACAGGCACAACUGUAACACACCGACGGCAACAUCAGCGGGGAAGCCAGUGAGCGGCUCUCCGAAGGGACGAUACUGGUUUUUCUGUCCUCUCACAGUCACACAGCCAAGGCUUUUUUACGUGGGCCGGCAAUUUUUGUGCCAAGAGAGGCGUGUCGUAGACGAGACCAGUUCCUCCACCACCAGCAGCAUCAACAGACCAGAGCUGAAUGCAACGACACAACACGCGCUGUGCUGCAAGUGUGCAGCAUCGGACUUGACCAGAAAAAAAUUAUUUUUUUACUCUCUUCAUGAUCAUGACAAUUCCAGCUACGUGCAGCAGCAGGUCCCGGGGGUCAAAGUCCUUCUAGGACAAAUGAGAUCAUCUCUGACUGAGGCUGGAUGAGCGGGAAAACGGGCUCAAUGAAAACUGUUAAGCGUGUCUGACGGUGGAGCAUUUUUUUUAAAUUUAUGACCUUGUUUGACCAGGUAAGUACCAGUGAGGUUAGUGUUUGGGGCGAGCGUGCAUGUACCUGGGCCUGCAGGUCAAAGGUCACCAUGGAGAAGCAGAGGUUGAGCAGGAAGUACUGCUCCUGGAGGCUCUCCAAGGCCCCGCCCACACGGAACGCCAUCAUGUUGGGCCGCUGGAUGAGCAGCGACGUGCAGAGUACGUGCACCACGCCCAGACACAUGGUGCACACAAAACGAACCUGUGACGCAAACGCAAAAAAAAAUAAGUCAAGUUACGUAAUGAUUCCAGUAAAACCGUCAACAACAGUGACAUCAAGUGAUGGAACCACGACUUCCUUCAUGAGGAAUGAGGCUGUUUCACUCGAAAGGUUUUGCCAACGUCUCUGCAUCUUUUUAGGGUACAAACACGUUAUAAAAAUGUGUCUUUAUGAAGUUUACAUGUUUAAGUAUCACGUCUCUCUGUCAAGGAAUCUAAACAUGACCACGGGCUCGGCCACCUACCAGCAGCUCCUGCUUGCCCUUCGACCCCAGCACGGAGAAGUUGACCACCGAUCGAACCAUGACCACCAACACGCUGAGCACGAACGCCACCAGCUCCUGCCGGUUCUCCUGCAGCACGCCGCGGCCGAUGUAGUAGAUGCAGAACACUGCAGGGAGACAAGAGACCGGACAAGGCUCACACACACAGCGGACUUUUAGUCGUAGUACAGACUCCAGGCUUUCUCCCGAUUAUCAGAUGGAUGCUCGAGCACAUGACGCAUGGAACAAAAGAGAUUUUGAAGGCAUCAGAACUUGUUUUUCCAUUUUUCAACAGUUUAUAGACGAGGCGAUUAAUCUAGAAAAGCCAUCUAGAAAUUAUUGAGAUGGUUGUGAGCCAGCCUCACUCUCUGAUUACAGAGGUUUAACUACAGAAUGCUGGAAAUCCAUCAUGAAGCAAAGUAACCUGAUCACCUGAUGUUUUUUCUUCAACUUUGAAUGAGUUAAACAUAGUUACAUGAGGGGGACCCGACUUCCGUGUAAGUCUCCAUGUUUGCUAUGUCGUGUUGAAUACAGUUGUUGCACAAAAUGUUCCAGAAUACGUCGCAUUCCCGUUGAAUUUUCAGACGCUGCCGGAAACCAGAAAUGGAGUCAGCGGCGCGCUGCCACAAAGUGUCCCCUGUCGGUCGCGGGUUUGGAACUUUACCACCAGAUGCCGCCAGAAAAUUACAAAAAUGACACACUCGGGCUUUAACAAACUACAGCAGACAGCUGUUUCACGUUUGUAGAAUAUGAGGAAGUACAGCCAUCAGGGGGGAAAAUAAAUCACCGCUGCGUGCAUCAUGGGAUCAUUUCAUCAGAGAGGGGUGUGGUUGAGCCAUCGCAUUCUUUUCCUCCAUUUGCAGUUCUUCGUCACAUGAUUGCUGGAGGAGACCUUGUGUGACCUUUACUCACGUAUGCCCACCAGCUGGAUGAGAGACACGGUGAAGUUGUCCUCAUCAGACACGUCCGUUUCCAUGCGCUGCUUGUAGACGCUGGUCAGGGUGAGGCCGAGCAGCGCCAGCAGAGACGCGACGGCGAAGCAGAAGUAGAGCUUCAGCAGACACGACAGCUCCGACCACGGCUUGAUCUGCAAGAGGGGGGAGAUGCGGAGGACAGGUUAAGGAAAAAAACUGGUUAAAGACUUAUUUCCAAACUGAAAACGGCAGAAGUGCGAAAAUAUAGACACAGCAGGGCUGAGGGGACGAUUGUUUAGAUUAUAUUCGUUUGUUUUCCUUUGCGUCAUCGCAGAGUGCAAAUAAAACUUGACUUUUAUUGAUA